GUGCCGUGCGGCUCAGCUGACCGAAAAACUUUCCUCACAUGACUCGGGCUCCGGAUAGGCGACUGCGGGGCACCUAUGUACUGAGCUCGGAGGUGACGAGAGACGGUGCACGGACAGGUCUUCUGACUCGGCUGCGAAUCCAGUUUGUUGCCCUUUCCUGCCCUGCUGUCCCGUAUGUCACAGCCUCUGUGUUAGAAGGCGUGAGAAGGGUUUCUGGGAGUGAUGCCUUCUAAUAAGUCUGUGUCGGACGCUCCCAUCACACAGUUCGUUAACUGCAGGAUCCUGAAGGACCACCAGCUGCAGAGGGAGGACCUGUGGGUCCGGGAGGGCAAGAUCCUGAACCCGGAGAAGCUGUUCUUCGAUGAGGAGGGCUCUGCGGACGCGCAGGUGGACUGCCACGACAGCAUCAUUGCUCCCGGUUUCAUCGAUGUUCAGAUAAACGGUGAGGCUGAACCUUGCUCGGGAAAUGGCGGAGGGGUGGCCCCGUGGGUAAGGAUCUGCGCCUGUGGCUGGAAGGUUGACGGUUCAUAUCCCCCGGCCGGCAGAGGAAUCCUAGCUCUACAUUCUGUGAUACCUUUAUUUACCCUGAUUGCAAACCCAUCAGGCCCUCAUUUUAAGGACUGCAGUGAUGAAAUAUUGUGUAUUGUACUUUGGGGUGGCUCAGUUAUUCCCCUGGUUCCCCCUUGCGUCCCAGGACACUCCGUUGCCAAUCUGUCCCAGGCGGAGGAGGCAGUGCGAGAGGGCGCGACCUUCAUCACUCACCUCUUCAACGCCAUGCUGCCCUUCCAUCACAGGGACCCGGGCAUCGUAGGCCUCCUGACUAGCGAUCGUGUGCCUACCGGGCGCACUGUCUUCUAUGGCAUGAUCGCAGAUGGCAUCCAUACGAACCCCGCUGCCUUGCGCAUCGCCCACCGCGCCCACCCAGCAGGCCUGGUGCUGGUGACUGAUGCCAUCACUGCUAUGGGGCUGCCCCCCGGGCGUCACACUCUGGGGCAGCAGGUCAUCGAGAUUGAGGGGCUCAACGCCUACGUUGCAGGAACCAAGACCCUGAGUGGCAGCAUUGCCACUAUGGACAUGUGUGUCAGGCAUUUCCUGCAGGCCAGUGGCUGCACUGUAGAGGCGGCACUGGAAGCAGCGUCCCUCCACCCAGCCCAGCUGCUGGGCAUCAGCCAGCAGAAGGGCACACUGGACUACGGUGCAGAUGCAGAUUUUGUCCUGCUGGACGACAGCCUAGACGUCAAAGCUACGUACAUCGCAGGGGAGCAGGUCUGGGAGAAAUAACCACUCCCUGCCCCCAGAAUGGAGCUGCACUGCUUCGUUGGAGAUCAGCGCUGGCACUAGGGGGCACUCUUCUUCUAGAGAGCAGAGGGCCGUGACUCCACCACAAGGGGUGGCCCGUGAUGUGGAUUUAAUUAUCAUUCUGUGGGACUUGUGAUUCUGCUGAGCAGUGAUGAGUCUGGACAGCACCCAUCCGAGAAGACAUUGGUUAAUAUUGAAAAAGGAUGGAGGAGGCCCAUUGUAAACCUACUGUACAGUUUUUUAAACACGAACCAAAUGAGCCAUAUAGGAAUGAUCACUUUAAAGUUUAACGAAGGUGUAGUGUGUGAAAAGAAUCAGACGUUUGAGAGGGUUUGUAUUUUGAGAGGGCUUCUUAUAGAGAGUACAACCUAGCGAUAAGGACAAAUUAAUGUAAGGGGGUGAAAUCGACGAAUACACCACACUAGGGUGAAAAAAUUAAAAAAUUAUGGCCAAACGCAGUCUGUGGAUAGCUGCACAUGUUAACCAUGUGCCUUGAGCUGAUCCUGAAAAUGUCAUGUCGUGGAUACUUCAUUAAGUGGGACAAGAGACCGCCUGAUAUGGCUCUUGGAUACAUGCUUUCCUGGCAACCACUGACCUACCACAGGGUUCUCUUCUAGUCCAGGGUCUGGGCUGUGUGCCAGGCUCAAAUCUGGGGAGUAGAUCCCUCCUCCCACUCCAAUCCUAUAACCGAGUCACGAGACACUUCCUUCACUGUUGGUUAGCAAAGGGCAGAAUAAGAACCGUUCAGUCCCGUCCCCUUGCCAAGCAGACAAAACGAGCCCAGCAGGAACACACUUCUUCCACACACCAUGUCUUCACCCUGUGACGCAGGGCAAACAUCUGGCAACUCUUGUCAGUUCAGUCUGCUCAAAACAAAACCGCUGGCUGAGAGUCUUUAAUGUACCUGUACACCACUGGCAGUAUAGAAGAAAGCACAGGUUGAAACGUUUCCUGUUUUGUGAUCUAUUUUGUAAUAUUACAGUGCCAUCAUUUUAUGUACUAGGAUUAGUAGCAUUAAAAAGGAGUGCCUUGAGUUCAGCAUCACAAAUGAACCUGCUGUUGACUUCACAUAUGCAAAGCGACCACUAAUUGGCAGUAUGGUCUUCAGAUGACCAGAGUUAAGAAAGCACUGUCCUCGAUUUAUAAAGAUAAGGCUUUGCUUUCCAAAGAAUUCCAAAGCACUUUACAUAUAGGAAGGGAACCACUUGAGAAGCACCGCUAUGUAAAUUAAACAUAUAUUCAUCCAGAAAACUGGCAUUUGUUCAUGGUGUAGAAAUAUAAAUGAAAUGGCAAUUCCUAUGCAUAAAGCAAGUCCGUUUUUUAUCCUUCAGACUAGUUACAUGGUCCUUACGAUAGUGCUUAAAUUGUACAGACUUAAAGGAGAAGGAGAAAAACCCAAGAAAAAGAUCAUUUGUACCAAACUAGAAAGUCUGUCGUCUUCAGCGAAUGGGGAAAAAAAAGACUUCAAAAGCUUUAGCUGUAAGACAGUGGAUGGGUCCAUUACUCCAGCAUAGUAUUAAAUUAAAUGUCAUACUCAAAGCUGUGACAUUCCAUAUUAUAGUAUAAAGGGACAUUUCAACUACAAUGUAUAAAUUGUAUGUUAUAUGGUCAUUUAAAAAACAUAAGCCAUUGUGAUAUUUUCUGUUCUCGAGGAGAAAGAAGGUGUCUUUUUAUUUGUGUUGCCUGUUUCACGUACCUUAAGUGUGAAAAUUGCUCGCUCUCGAUUGCGUUUAGGGAAGCGUUUUAGCGUAACACAAUGCUUUGAGAUCCAGAGGCAUUAAAACUUUAAAUCUGUGCAACACAGAUAUCCUUCCCCGCUCUCAGAUAUACUGCUGCAGUCUGCAAAAUAUUAUCAUGACAACCAUAUUAGACAAAGCCAGAGAGAAAUGUGCAUCAUGGGGAAAAAUGUACAUCUGUUUUCUGUUCCAGUUCACUUCAUACAAGAACUAAAGACUCUUAAUAUAAAGCUGUACAGUCAGAUCAUCUGUUUCUCUUGUUCCUGGUGAUGACUCUUUUUAAACAGUGAAACCACAUGACCUGUGUCUGAGUGGGAUACUGCAAUAGAAUCCAUUCAAUAAAAGGAAAAACAAGGACUAUAAAAUGCUGUUAGUCUUGAAGCUAAGGUUAAAAGGGCCUGGACGAUUCAGAUAAAAAGCCUUUUAAUUACAGGGUUUUUUUUUAAAUAAAUGAAAAAAUAAUGGAAAUUU